UUUGAUCUCCCCAUCAACUUUCCCCCUCUUGAGCAGCAAUGGCCCCCGGGGGGAUCCCUGCGGUUGCCAGGAACUGCUGGGCUGGGGCUCUAAUAGUGGCGAUAGCACUGAGAACUCACAGAGCUCAUUGCACAGACCCUCCAGAGCAUUUCCUGCUGCAGGAGAAGUCUGAGUGUCACUACACCAACGGCAUGCAGCGGGUGAGGUAUCUGAAAAGACUGAUCUGGGACCAGCAGGAGAUCUGUUACUAUGACAGUGACUUGGGCUUCUCGGUGGCCCGCACGGAACUGGGUCGGCCGAUCGCGGAGUAUUGGAACAGGCUGGAGUGGCUGAGCUACUUGUGGGCUUCAGUGGAGAAGUUCUGCAGUUAUAACCAUAGGAGAUUUAAGAACAUCACUGUGGGUAGGCGAGUUAAGCCCAGAGUGAAAAUUUCCACCCUGAAAGCAGAGUCUUCCCACCGCCCCAGCUUGCUGGUUUGCUCUGCGACAGGGUUUUAUCCUUCUGAGAUAGCGACCAAGUGGUUCAAAAAUGGGCAGGAGGAGACAGCUGGAGUUGUAUCCAGGGAGCUGCUACAUAAUGGAGACUGGACCUUCCAGAUCCAGGUGAUGCUGGAAACAAAACCCAGGUGGGGAGAUGUCUACACCUGCCAAGUGGAGCACAUCAGCCUGCAAACGCCCAUCACCAUGCAGUGGGUGGCACAGCCUGACUCUGCCAAGAGCAAGAUGUUCAUUGGAAUUGGGGGCUUCGUACUGGGGUUGAGCUUCACGGUGCUGGGACUCCUCGUCUACCAGAAGAAUAAGAAAGGGUACCCGUGCUUGGACACUGCAGAAUCUCAGGCUGCUGGGAGUGACAGGGGCAGCUCUACAAACUUACUGCUCUGUGCCUAAAUCCUUCCAAGUUCUGUGAAGGGCCAUCUCUAAAUCUUCCCUUAACUCUCUGUAUUCAUGCAUGAGCCAUUACUCUUUCCCUUCCCCUCGCUAGCUGUUUUUUGUGGGCUCUUGCUCAGGUCACUACUGUGCUGCCUCUGAUGAAGGGAAUCACCACUUUCCCUCAAUUGGAGCAGGUUCCCCUCCUGCCAACUUUUCCUGCCGCCCCGCCCCAGAUUUAACUGCUCUGCAAUUAAAGAACAAAGUGCUUGUAGAUCUGAGAUUGUCCCUCAGGGGCUGAUUUCAUGCAAGCUGUUGACUUGGGGAAUCUCCAAUGGAAGAGGAGGGAAGGAUCCAUGUUUCAUAUGGAGCUGAGGAUGGAUGUCCCGCUACUCAGAGUGCAGCACAUACCCAGAUAGAAAAGAGGGGAAUAAAUAGUAAUGUUUCUAACUAAUGCUUUUCACUUAGAGAAAUUUUAUCUAAGGGUCUGAAAGGAUUUGAUAACUGUGAGUUAAUGAAAAGUACUAAUUAACCUGGUGUUAAUCUUUAAUUUCAUGUGUUUGGUAACUUUCUGAAACAGAUCUGUGAUUCUGUAUAUCAUGACACCCCACCCUUUGGCUAAUGGAGAUUGUACUGUACUCAGCUGAUGAGCAGAACAUGAAAACCUAUGUAGAACAGCAAAUUAAAGAGAUAAAGCCUUCCCCAGGUAACUAACAACCCAUGAGAUUAGAAACAUGGAGAGAAUGUUUACACUCUAAUUUGCCUUUCACUGUCAUUGCUGGUUUGUUCUUGCUGCUGCUUUUACUCCUGGCAACGGCCUCAGUCCGCUUAGACACUGAAAUUCGGCUGCUCAGUCUCCGUUCCUGUCUCUAACUAGGUUCACGGUGUGGUUCUCAUGCACUAAUCUGCUGCUGUUGUACUUAUCGUAGGGUUUUAUCCUGACACCCAUCAUAGAUUUUGUAGAAUUUAAUGCCAAAAAGGACCACUAGCUCUUCCAAUAUGAUCUCCUGUAUAAAUUUUAUAUAUAGCCCCCUAUAUUGAGCCCAAAGACUUUAGUUGGACCUAAACAUUUCAGUCCUCAGGAGAAUAAACUGUUUUAUGCCAUUGGGAAAAAACAGGAGAAACAUCGGUGCCAAACUCACAGUGAUAAACCAGAACCUGGAUUUCAGACCUCAGGGACUUGGCAGUGUCCCAGAAAUGAACCAACACAAGAUAAAACCCAAUGACGCUUUGAAAAGUAGCAUCCCCAAGGUUAAACCUACGAGG